GGCUGUUCGAGUGUUUUCUGUGGAGAAGCGUCCCGGAGCUGCAGACCUGCACCGAACAAUGAGGAGAAACUUGUUGUAAAACAAGCACAAGCAUUAGUCCCGACGUGAAAAGAUGGAAAUGCUGGACCAAGAGUAUCUGGGGAGAUGGGAUGGCCUGGGGAGCCGGGAUGCCAGCUCCAGGACUGAAGCCAUGGAGAACAUCCACCUGGAGGUCAUGAGGAAGGUGGAGGCUAUUGGGCCCAUAACUGCGAUGGCCCCCUCGCCCCCAUCCUUGGUAACCUCCCUGACCAGCGACCUGAACGACAUCCUUGCUCAUCUGCUCAUGCUCUCCAAACGCUGUCCCUUCGAAGACGUCAGGGAGCGAUGCAUUCGUCUUCUACGGGCUGUCCAGGACUUGGGAGUAAGGAUCCCAAGACCCUUAGGAAACGGACCAAGCAGAUUUAUCCCUGAAAAAGAGGUACGCUCGUUCUGCUUGACAUUUAAAACCCACUUACCUAGGACUAUUAUUAUUAUUUUGUUAUUUAAUCUGAAUUUAUAUUUCUGCUGUCAGAUCCUUCAAGUCAGUAAAGUGGACACCAGAACACAAUCGAUAUUCGAGGAUGCGUUCGCAGCCCUCGGACGUCUGGAAAACAUUUCCCUGGUGAUGGGAUUCCACCCACAGUACCUGGAGGGCUUCCUCCGGACACAGCACUACCUGCUGCAGAUGGACGGACCCCUAUCUUUGCACUACCGACACUACAUCGGCAUCAUGGCGGCAGCUAGACACCAGUGUUCCUACUUGGUCAACCUGCAUGUGAACGACUUCCUCCAGGUCGGGGGGGAUCUGAAGUGGCUGGACGGCCUGGACCAGGCGCCGCAGAAGCUGCAGCAGCUCGGGGAAAUCAACAAAAUCCUGGCCCACAGACCCUGGCUGCUCACAAAGGAACACAUAGAGCGCCUUCUGAAGGCCGAGGAACACAGCUGGUCCCUCGCAGAGCUCAUCCACGCCGUGGUCCUCCUCACACACUACCACUCCCUCGCCUCCUUCACGUUCGGCUGCGGCAUCAUGCCCGAGAUCCACUGCGACGGCGGACACACCUUCAGGCCCCCGUCCCUGAGCCAGUACUGCGUGUGUGACAUCGCAAACGGCAACGGCCAUAUUAACCACCAUGAGGAUCUGCUUGGAAACCAGGAGGUGUGCGGCGAGGUGGAGGUGCUGAUGGAGCGCAUGAAGCAGCUGCAGGAGUGCGACGAGGAGGAGGCCAGCCAGGAGGAGAUGGCGACCCGCUUCGAGAGGGAGAAGACGGAGAGUAUGCUGGUGGUCACGGCGGAGGACGAGGAGUCUGUCCCCUCGAGGGACAUCUCGAGACACUUCGAGGACCCCAGUUACGGCUACAAGGACUUCUCCAGGAGGGGGGAGCACGUGCCCACGUUCAGAGUGCAGGAUUACAGCUGGGAGGAUCACGGCUUCUCUCUGGUCAACCGACUGUAUCCUGAUGUGGGUCAGAUGCUGGACGAGAAGUUCCAGAUGGCCUACAACCUGACCUACAACACAAUGGCAACACACAAGGAUGUGGACACCAGUAUGCUGCGCAGGGCCAUCUGGAACUACAUCCACUGCAUGUUUGGCAUCAGGUAUGAUGACUAUGAUUAUGGAGAGAUAAACCAGCUUCUGGACCGUAGCUUUAAGAUCUAUAUCAAGACCAUGGUGUGUAGUCCUGAGAAGACCACCAAACGAAUGUAUGAGAGUUUCUGGAGGCAGUUUCAGCACUCCGAGAAGGUCCAUGUUAAUCUGCUUCUUAUGGAAGCGCGAAUGCAAGCAGAACUGUUAUACGCUCUGAGAGCGAUCACCCGCUACAUGACAUGAAGUGCUUAUGGCAAUUUUAUCGUUGUCUUUUUACUGUCGUUGUUGUUGCUCAUAAUGGGACACGCCAAGAAAAGAGAAAAUCAAAGCGAGCAAGGGAGGGGGUUUAAGAAUCUGGAGGAGAGUCCUGGGUUGUCACAGGGCUUCUGGAUGGAUGUUGAGAAGAGGAUCAGAACAAAUGGAAAGCAAGAAAAAGAAGAAAAAAAAAACUGCUGAAGAAAAGUCAUCUCAAACUCCAAGUGGAUUCACAAACACGUUUGUGUUGCCUGCAGUGCCAAAGGCGACCAACAGAGGUCAGCCUGGGGCAAACUCCUGCUCAGCUGGGGGGUUUGUGCCGGGCCAGAGCUCUGACACCAGGGGCAUCCAGGGAAGACAACGUUUCAGUAUUCCGGCACAGUGCAACACAAUGGUUGCCAAUCUCUUCUCUGUCCUGUAGAAAAUCCCCCAGAAUGCUGUGCAGCCACAGAGUCUGCACUUUGAACCUGUUGUCACGAUGAUGUCUGUUUAGUUUCUUGACGUAUCAUUUUUUUUAUUUUAUUUUGUAUUAGGAGAUGUGGAUGUUGUCCAUGUGGUUGCUGUUAGUGGAGAUGGAAGCGUUAACUUUGGGCUGUGUUUUGUUUUACGUGUGCCUGAACGAUCCAGCACAGUGUGCAUACGUGCUGAUGCUGCUGCUCCCAUGUUGUAUUCAGCGGGAUCAUAUUGAUCCCCAAUCACCCAACCACCCCCACCUCAUUAUGCCCCCUAUCCAUUUGAAAUCCACUGCAUUACCCCCUUCCUUCUCUUGUCCCCCCCCCCAUCCCCAAAUCUCAAAUGUCAAUUUAAGCUAAUCCAAGGAUUGUGUGAAGCCUGGAGAGGUGUGGAGAGAAACUCAAAGAACACUGAGCCCUUUUUGAGUUUGACUGUACACGUGUGGUUGAGUUUCUGUGUUCAUGAUGACUGAGGUGUGAGUGUGUGUUUGUGUGUGUGUGUGUUUCACACACGACUGAGAAGAAAAAAAAGUACGUCUUUGAAUUUCAUGUGUCAAAAGAAAAAAAAAAUGUAAGCGAGGCACUUUGAAGGAAAGACUUCUAGCUUCUGCUGUAGCUCUGUUUUUGUGAGAUAACUGUUUAUCAUUUGUUGAUGAUGAUGUCGUUUAUUUUUCUGGUAAGGGGGAAAAGACAAAAAAAAGACAAAAAAUUCUUAAGAGAAAGUUAGAAACCAGGUUUUCCAGGAGGGAUUUGCUUCCGGUUGCCCUAACCACACCUUAUCUGUCUUCCGCUUAUCCCAGCUGCCUGGUCGCCCUAACACGUUUGAAGCUUUGGAUUGUGAAUUUUACCAGUAAAUAAAUACCUCUUCUGUUUUCUCACUAUAAGAAACAUAUGAGAGGUGCUCUUUGUUGAGCAGAGACUCUUUCCGGGCCGCCGGGUUCCCUUUGCUCGGGGAUCCAGCUCGCCCACACAGGGCCGGCUGCGGUCGAUCAGCUGUCGAACGCAGGCGGUUGUAGCUGUGCUUAUUUCCCCGCUGGGGAAGUCUAACAAGUGCAAAAAGCAGCUUAUUUUUUUUAUUUUGAAACGGAGGUGUUAAACCUCUACUGUUUUGUUUUUGUUUACUAAAACCAGUAAAGUACUGCAUUCUCCUGAGGUUGUGUUGAGAGAAUCAGACAGAUGAAUGAAUGAGUGAUAUCAGGAGGAGGAGGAGGAGAGUGGUGAUGAUGAAAAAAAGGAAAGGUACAUUUGGAAGUGGUUUGAGAGGAAGUGGAGGUUUUUUUUCAGACUUCUGACUGAUGUCAGUUACUGACACUUUUAUAUGAAACUAUGAAAAAGAUGGGAAAAAAAAUAAAACUAUGAUAUCGAA